AGUUUUGUUUUAUUAAUUCCAUCAAUGAUAGAAAAGUUGAUUUAAUAAUAAUAAUCAUGGGUUUUCAAGAAAGAUUGUUGAUGAGAAAGAUUAAAAAAACUGCGGAUCAUAAGACUGAUUUAUACAAACUCAAGAAGAAAAAACUAGAAGAUUCUAAAACAGAUGCAAUUUGUUCAAAAGAAAGUACGGUCCCCAACAAAAUUAAUGAUAAGAGAAGAAAGGAAUGUGAUGAGGAAUUACAACACAAAAGACAGAAAUUAUGUGAUGGUGCAAUUGAUAAAACUGAUAAUAAUGAAACUGAAAACAUUCCGUUGAAUGAUAUUAAAGAAACAGAAGGAACAGAAAGAGUUACAUUUGAUUCUUUGAAUAUUUCUGGACCCACUAAGAAAGCAAUAGAAGAUAUGGGAUUUACUACUAUGACUGAAAUCCAAGCCAAAACUAUUCCCUUAUUAUUGUCAGGAAAAAACCUUGUGGGGGAAGCUAAAACUGGUUCUGGAAAGACAUUGGCUUUUCUUAUACCUGCUGUAGAAUUGAUGUACAGGCUGCAUUUCAAGCCUAGAAAUGGUACUGGGGUUAUAAUUUUAUCACCAACAAGGGAAUUAUCGAUGCAAACAUUCGGCGUCCUCAAAGGUCUCUUGAAAUAUCACAGUCAUACAUAUGCUCUCAUAAUGGGAGGCGCUGAUAAAAAAUUGGAAGCAGACAAACUAAGCAAAGGUGUCAACAUACUAGUUGCAACUCCUGGAAGAUUGUUAUAUCAUAUGAAGAACACAAAAGAUUUUUACUUCAACAACGUAUUUUGUUUGAUUGUUGAUGAAAUGGACAAAAUAUUGAAUAUUGGUUUUAUGAAAGAAAUGAAUGAAAUCAUUAGUUUAUUGCCAAAAGCCAGACAAACUAUGUUAUUUAGUGCCACCAGAACUCAACAAACAGAAGCUCUGACGAAUUUGGCAGUGGAAAAAGCCAUCUAUGUAUCGACCAAAGUUGUUGGAGUUGCUGAUAACAUUACUCAAGGUUUUAUGGUUUGUCCAUCUGAAACCAGACUACUUACAUUGUUCACUUUCUUGAAAAUGAAUAAGAAGAAGAAAAUUAUGGUGUUUUUCAGCUCGUGUUCAUCUGUGGUGUUUCAUCAUGCUCUUUUCAACUUUAUAGAUCUGGAAGUCAUGUGCAUUCAUGGGCAACUGAAACAAAAUAAGAGAACAACCAUUUUCUUCCAAUUCUGCCGUGCGGAAACCGGUAUUUUGCUCUGUACAGACAUAGCCUCAAGGGGUCUCGAUUUUCCAUCAGUGGAUUGGAUUAUUCAGUACGAUCCUCCAAAUGAUCCUAAAGACUAUGUGCAUCGUGUUGGUAGGACUGCUAGAGGUGAAGAAAGUGGUGGCAAUGCAUUAUUGAUGUUAAGAGAAGAGGAGUUGAGUUUUUACCAUGUAUUGAAGCGGGCUUUAAAGGAUGUGCCUGUGUGGGAAAUCAAACUACCUUAUAAUCUUCAUGACAUACAGAAAAAGGUUGAAACUCUCGUUGCCAGAAACCACAAAUUGAAUCUGAUGGCAAAAGAAGCUUUUAGAGGCUACAUUAAAGCAUAUGAGUCCCAUGGUUUGAAGUCCAUUUUUGAUCCAUCUAAAUUGGAUCAUAAUCUGGUUGCCAAAUCCUUUGGAUUGAGAUAUCCUCCAAAUAUUAGUGAUUCAGAUUCUAGACAUCGAAUACCGAAUAGAAGAGAACGGAGACGCAUGAUGGAGGAGAAAAGCCUGUAUGCCGAAAAAUGAUGUAUGGUAUUCCGGACGUAUUUGUGAUUCAUUUUAAGAACUCAAAAUUUAUUGAGAAUAAAUUAUUCCUUUCUA